AUCGCAACUCGACUAAAACCAGAAAGCCAAUCCAGCCCAACAACCACCACACAAAAACGUAACCGAAAUGGGCGACAAACACAAGAGACAAGCGCAGGACGCACCUUCCGGUGCACCUGCAGCUAAGAAACAGGCCAAGGAGACAAAGAAGGACCCGAAUAAGAAGGAGACGAGAAAAUCCGCUGCCGCUGCGAAGAGAGCCGCAAUCGAGGCCGAGCCGUUGCCCAUACUGCCCUUUGUGGAUAAUGCGAAGGGACCGGAGCUUAAGCGCGAGGUUCAGCUGUAUGAUCAGCUCUCCAGUGAGGAUGCAGCUGAGCGACUUGCUGCUGCGGAUGCGGUUGUUUCGGGGCUGUUGAUGGGGGAGGGGGCGUCGGAGACGACGAUGCAGAGGCAUUUGGAGCGGAGACUGUUUCGGGGGUUGGCGAGCGGGAGGAAGGGCGCGAGAUUGGGGUUUAGCAUUGUAUUGACGGAGGUUUUGGGACAGAUAUUUGGGGAGAAGGAGAAAUAUCCUGGAUUGGGAUUCGAUAAGGUGCUUGAGAUUCUCAAGCUUAAGACGAAGCCGGAGGGCGAUCUGAGUGGGCAGGAAGAGAAGGAUCAUGCGCUCGGUCUGCUGUUUGGAUUACAGUCCUUUGUGAGGGCUAAGAUCCUCUUCUCGGGCGAGGAGAAGAGAUGGGAGGUCGUGUUUGAUUCACUCAUAUACCUGUGCGGCAAGAAGCCAUGGCUGAGAGAGGAAGUCGGAUGGGUGGUCGUCGAAGCUCUGGCGCAAAUGUCUCAGAGCCAAGCCGAGACGACACUCCAGAGACUGUUUGAGGCUGGCCUGGCUGUGUCGCCAGAGGGAGUCGGUAUCUGGAUCGCAGCACGCCGUCAGUUUCCGGACAUGAAGUUCCCGCCGAAGCCGUGGGGGAGCAGCGGGAACCCGCUGGAGCACCUGAAGUCGCUGGGGAAGGCGCUGAAGGAGAGCUCGUCGCCUGAGGGAGAGGGCCAGGCAAAGCAGACGGGGAACUGGAACCCGCAGUUGCAUUUUGUGUGGGGGAUGAUCGUGGAUCAGUAUGUGGCUGGUGCGAGAUCUGGUGAUGAGGAAGUCGCGAACGAGUUUGAGAAGUUCUGGAAGGUUGCUGUUGAUGAGAAUCUAUUUUCGGCAUCUGCAUCCCGAGAGCGCAAAUUCUGGGGCUUCCUUCUUUUCCAGAAGAUGCUCACUGAUGCGUCGGAUUAUAAGGAGCUACUUGUUAGCGUUUUCAGCCCAAACCUGGUCCGCUGCCUCAUCAACCACAUGUCGCAAGAAGAUCGCUUCCUGCACCGCGCAGCUGAGAAGAGUCUGAGAGCUGUCCAGCAGAUGGCGGAAGCCCACCCUCACACUAUCCCUACGGUUCUGCCAAAGCUGAUUGGCGGCAAUGGAUUCUACAACUUUGACCAAGUUACAAAGACGAAGACCAUCGAUAAGAUGCUCGGCUGGGCUUCUGGCAAGGAUGCAGAGGCCGUCGUCGACAUUCUUCUCAAGCCGGCGCUGAAAAUCGACGGAUGCGAGAGCGACAAAGAUGCCGAGACUCGCCGCCAGUGCUUCGGAGACUACUUACUCUCUAUGAUCCGCCGCGUUAAUGUCACCGACGAGUCCGUCGAUGCCACAUGGGUCAAGACCACUGGUCUGCCCACUCUUGGCAAACUCUCAUACUCCAAGAAGCACCUCAAGUGCAAGCCCGAGUUGUCCGAGGCAUCAAGGACCAUGUUCCGCGGCCGCUUGACAUCCGCAUUCGCCCAUCUCAUCUCCGAUCCAAAGGGCUUCUCUUACCCAAUUGAACUGCUCCAGUCCGUGAAGACCGAUGCCGUCGAGAUGGAGGACGAGGUCGAGGCAGCUAAAGACAAGGGCCUUGCCACCAUGGAGAAGUUGCUCAAGAAGACAAAGAAGGCUUCCGAGAAGGAGAAGGUCUCCCUUGAGGCCCUGGCGCUUCUAUACGCCUUGGUAGUCUUCCAGCUCCUCAACGGUGAAUCCGACGCGGCAUCCGUUCUGGACGAGCUCAAGCUCUGCUACGAUAAGCUGAUUCGCGGUAAGGACGAUGAGGAGGGCCAAGAUGUGUCUCAAGUUCUUGUCGAGAUUCUGCUGUCCCUGAUGUCAAGAUCAUCCCUGCUCCUCCGCAAAGUCGCACAGCACGUCUUCACAGCCUUCGCUACCGAAAUCACCGCCGAAGGACUGGCCCUGAUGACCGACGUCCUCGGCGCCGCCGAGAGCGCAAAGGGCCAACAGGCACUAUUCGACCAGAACGACGACGAGGAACACGACCACGAGGAACACGACCACGACCACGAGGAUGGCUCUGACUCCGACGAGCUAGACUCGGACGUGGAAAUGAUCUCCGCGAACGGCGACGACGCUGACGACGCCGCCGAAGACGGAGAGGACGCCGACAUGGCAGCCCUCGACAAAGCCCUCGCCGCCGCGCUGGACACGCACCGCCUCGACGAAGACGCGGCCGCUGAAUCGGAAUCCGACUCCGACAUGUCCGACUCCGAGAUGCUGCAGCUGGACGAGAAGCUCGUCGAGAUCUUCGCCGCGCGCAAGAAGACGCCUAACAAGAAGCAAGAAGCCAAAGACGCGCGCGCUACCGUCGUCAACCUCAAGAACCGCAUCCUGGACCUCCUAGAGAUCUACGUGCGUCGCGUACCCGAGAAGGCGGAGGCGUACGGACUUAUCCUCCCGCUGCUGAGGUGCAUGCGCGAGACCGGUACGAAGCAGGUUGGAGAGCGAGCGCACUCUGUGCUCGCGGCUUUUAAGAAGGCGACGAAGGGGGGGAAGGCGGAUGGGGAUGAGGAGGCGGGGGCGGAGGAGAAGGCGGAUUUUGACAUCCUGGAGCGGAUUGGGCUGUUGAAGGAGAUUCAUGAGGAGGCGGCGAGGGAUGCCAGUCAUGCGUUUGCGAAGGCGGCGAGCACGGCGAGCUUGUUGGUCGCGAGUAGUCUUUAUAGGGUUGAUAAGAGGCUUGUGAAGAAGGUCGCGGGGGUGUAUAGGGAUACGCAGGUACAGUGGGUGAUGGGGGAGAAGAAGGUGGCGGCGGGUUUGUUUGUUGAUUGGGUGAACUGGUGCCAGAGUCAUGCUGGGGCGGCGAAGUAA